AUGUCUGCUUCUGAAAUUGGGGAGGAAUUUAAGAAAUUUGGUAGACUCAAGCCUGAUGGUGUGGCCAUUAGAACCCGGAAGGAUAUUGAUGUACGGUAUGCAUUUGUUGAAUUUGAAGAUACAACUGGGGUUCAAAAUGCUGUAGAGGCAUCUACUGUUCAGAUUGCUGGACACCAACUAUACAUUGAAGGUCGAAGAGCAAACCGAAACAAUUCAUUUCAAGGAGGCAGAGGUAGAGGCAGGGGUAGCUACCAAAUGGAUGCAUCAAGGGGUCGUUUUGGUGCUCGGAGUUUUGGCAGGGGAAGUGGUCCAGAUGGAGGUGACCGCGACUACAACAGACCAAGAGGGAAUGGUUUCUACCGGCAAGGUCCCCGUCAGGACAGAGUGUUAUCAGUUGAAAUAAAGUCCGUUUACGUGAGAAAUGUGCCAUCUUCCAUGUCUGCUUCUGAAAUUGGGGAGGAAUUUAAGAAAUUUGGUAGACUCAAGCCUGAUGGUGUGGCCAUUAGAACCCGGAAGGAUAUUGAUGUACGGUAUGCAUUUGUUGAAUUUGAAGAUACCACUGGGGUUCAAAAUGCUGUAGAGGCAUCUACUGUUCAGAUUGCUGGACACCAACUAUACAUUGAAGGUCGAAGAGCAAACCGAAACAAUUCAUUUCAAGGAGGCAGAGGUAGAGGCAGGGGUAGCUACCAAAUGGAUGCAUCAAGGGGUCGUUUUGGUGCUCGGAGUUUUGGCAGGGGAAGUGGUCCAGAUGGAGGUGACCGCGACUACAACAGACCAAGAGGGAAUGGUUUCUACCGGCAAGGUCCCCGUCAGGACAGAGUGUUAUCAGGUAACCAUCAAAUGUGA